AUGUCUUUUUUAAGUAAACCGCUUGUCAAAAGGUUAAUGGCAGUUUCGCACCGCGAAAAGAUCUCCGACGAGGACUUCAUAACUCGCUGCCGAUUCAUCACUGGUACGAUAAUGGGUUCAGGUUGGGAAUGCAAAGAAUACGAACGGGACUUUUGCAGAUUCAAUUCCAUCAUGAAACCUGUCUGGCGAAAACUAUACGACCGUUGGAUUGAAAACGAGAAAAAGGAAUGGGCUUGCUUUGACAAGCCGGGAAAAUUAGAGUUUGUCAAGAAUAACGCUGUCACAGAGAGUAUCUCCAUGCCCAACGAGUGGGCUUCCGGCAGCGGAAUGGAUGAUGAAAAUAAGAAACAGAUGGCGGGGGGUGAGACAGUGCAGCAAAAGUUGUUCGACAUGCGUGAAGAGAUAGAAGAGAUUUGCGAUUGA